ACUCAACGUCCCAUAGUUCAACGGGGCAAGCCCCCUUGACGUGGAGUAGUUCCGUAAAAAGAGGAUGGAGGAGUAGCGUGUUGUUGUAUGCUAUCCUAGUAAUUCUUAUAUCCAAAAGGGAUUUAGCAUCCACUCCCGGGCGAGGAUUGGGUUCACGGGGGUUGACGGACAACAGUCUUUCAUAGACUGACCCCUUUCUGUUCCCCCGUCUCACUCCACCACCAGCGUCAUGAUUAAAGCCAUUCUAAUAUUCAACAACCAUGGGAAACCAAGGCUUUCUAAAUUCUACGAGCAUUAUAGCGAGGACACGGAGCAGCAGAUCAUUAGGGAAACCUUCCAUCUGGUGUCCAAACGAGACGAGAACGUCUGUAACUUCCUGGAAGGAGGCAUGUUGAUUGGCGGGUCUGAAAACAAACUUAUCUACAGACACUACGCCACACUUUACUUUGUGUUUUGUGUGGACUCCUCGGAGAGUGAACUUGGAAUUUUAGACCUAAUCCAGGUGUUUGUGGAAACUCUGGACAAAUGCUUUGAGAACGUCUGUGAGCUGGAUUUAAUUUUCCAUGUAGACAAGGUCCACAACAUUCUGGCAGAGAUGGUGAUGGGUGGCAUGGUUCUGGAGACCAACAUGAACGAGAUCAUCAUGCAGGUGGACGCCCAGAACAAGAUGGAGAAAUCGGAGGCCGGCAUCGCAGGGGCGCCCGCACGCGCCGUAUCCGCCGUAAAGAACAUGAAUCUCCCCGAAAUGCCCAGAAACAUCAACAUUGGAGACAUCAGCAUAAAAGUGCCAAACUUACCCUCCUUCAAAUAGCGGCAGCAAGAUGGCUACCCCGGCCCGCAGACGUCCACCAGUGUUUACUGUGAUGCAAUUUGUUUACCAAAACCUCACGUCACAAAGUUUUUAUUCAACAUAUACGAGUAUUGAAGGUACUGCGUGAAGCAAAAGAUUUCCUCUAUCAUGUUUUUCCUUUUUAGUUUUUUUGGUUUGUCCUGUUUUAAAAUGAAUGUCCUCUAUGUGGCUUGUUGGUUUGAGAGAGAAGAUGGAAGUAUUUAUUGAACUGUAGUACAUUCCUCUGCCCCCACCCCUCACAGGCACUCUUUAACGAUCAGCUGAUUUGGACCUGGAGAUCUAUUGAAAUGUUUAUUUUUGUUUGGUUACUUGUACGUCUCUGCCUGUAUGAAGAUCAAGGUUUUUAGUGGGAAGUGUUUUCUGGAGUAUAGGGACCAUCUGGUUGGUUUGGUUGUGCCAGAACAUAGCAAUCAUUCCAUUCAUCGUUCACGGUGUGUAACCGAAUUCAAUGGCAAAGUGAAACAGUAUUGUUGAAAUGGUUUGUAAAAUCAAAACAAACUGUGAAAGAAUAUUCUUAUAUUAAAAUAAUGCUGUAUGAUGGUCAUUAUUACUGUAUAUGCUGAUAUGUCUUUUCAUUGUCUUAUCAGUUUGCAAAAUAAUGAAAAUAUUUCUUUAGAUUUUAUUCUAUGCAUGGCGUUUUUUUCUUUACUUUUGCAAGUAAAUAAAGUAUUCAA